GGGAGGAGACUCCAGAUGUGGGGUGGUACAACCAGUGUUCAGUUUCUCAGCACACAGAGGACGCAUGAGACCUGAGGAGAGUCGAAGCAAACUGAAUCUGUCUAGUGUCAAAGUCAGUCUGCCUCUCAGAGAGACCAUGAGAGUCGUCCUGCUCAUCUGCAUGCCAGUCCUGCUGCUCGCCCAGCCUCCGCACGAGGAAGAAAGGUUUCAUUUAGUGGGGGAUUAUGACUCGGACUAUUUUCCAGAGGCUCCAGACGUUCUUAAGAAUCACGACUCUUUUCCUGACACCUACCAACGGCUAACGCGACUGGACCAACUGAUCCGCCCUGAAAAGUCAGAAUCGGAUUUGGAGACGGAGCCCACAGAGCCUGGCCCUCUCGAUUGCAGAGAGGAGCAGUACCCAUGCACAAGACUCUACUCCGUGCACAAGCCGUGCAAGCAGUGCUUGAACAACAUCUGCUUCUACAGUUUGCGACGAGUCUACGUCAUCAACAAGGAGAUUUGUGUGAGGACUGUGUGUGCACAUGAAGAACUGCUCCGAGCGGACCUGUGCCGUGAUCAGUUCUCUCGCUGUGGCGUGGCAGCGCUUAGCGGCCAGUGUGCAUCACUAGGAGGAAGCUGCGGGAAGAGCUGUGGCGGCUGCUGAUUGGUUACUGAGAUCAGGGACACUGCCUGCUCUCCCAGCCUUCUGCUUUUCUACUACUUCAUCCUCUGACUUUGUCAUCUUCCCAUUUUUUCACCUUUUGCUUUCUCUGAGUCUUCCUCUACAACAGCGGUCUCAAACUGGCAGUCUGAGGGCCAGAUAAGACUCAUAACCUCCACUAAUUUAGAGCCCACAUCAUUUCUUAUGAGGUGUUUGCACUUCAGAUUUUUUUAAAGUCGAGUUAUGUCGUGAAAGUUGGGUCGACUAACUUCUGAUGUCAUGAAUAAAACCACGAGAAGGGAAUGUUUGACAGCAAUAAAUCAUAUCCACAAAAAUGAAUGGAUACGUUGAUGGCUCGUGAUACACCUUUUACAGAAACGAGUGGAAGCAACAGCACUAUCUGUUCUACUUAAGUGUGAGAAAAGAUGUCAGUAUAAGAGAAAAUUAACUCAUGCAAGUCACUCUGUUGUGUGUGUAAAUUCCCAAAUAUCUUGUCUUCAUCUCACUUUAUUAAUAGAGAGGCCAAAUAUGUCUGCAUACACUUUAAGAGGUUUUUGAAGCAUUUCCAUUGUGGCCCAUUGCUUGUUAAUAAUUGAUUUGUGGAGCACGGUGUGAUCACAGCGUUAACCGCUAUGGCGACAUCCCUGUUAUCUGCGGUUGUCUGCACUGAAAAACCAGCUGAUCUUCUAUCCAGAUCACAUAUUAUCAUACGUUAUUCACACCUGGGAUCCAUGACAGUGGCAGGCACAUCUUGAUUGUAGCGCAUGGCGUCCUGUCAGGUUGUCCCGUGUGACACUGGUUUUACAGGAUGUCCUCACCAAUGUGAUCCCUCCAUUCAGUUUUUGCUUUGGGCCUCCAUAGUGUUGAAUACCACGAGGAGACUGAGCACAAAGUAGAAGGUGUUUUUCAGUCAGUCACCAGUAUUUUGAUGGUCUGGCUCCACCCUCUGGCAUUUCACACACAGUUGUACCUGACUGCCAUGUUAGGGGAGGUCUUACGAAGUGGGGGUGAAACAAACCAAGCACUGCUGACACACAGUGCCAUAAUUAUGUGUUCAAUUAAUAGUCGACAUCAAGCUUAAAGUGUCUUUGUAGACCAGUAAAGUCGACUAAUCAGCUUGUGCACGCAGCCUUUACUGUGCAUGUAAAAUACCUCUAAUGGCCCAGAUCCCAACUUUUUUAAUCUUUGAUGCCCUCAAGGCCAAUGGCCCUCGAGUAUUCGGAGUUUGAAACCACUGCUGUGCAACGUCACUCCUGGGUGAAAAGCACUUCUACAUUUGAGCUUUUUGUUCCAUUCCUGUUUUUUUUCCCCUCCACCUUUUGUUCUAUGCCGUCACCUAUAUACGUCCUGUUUAAAUGUAUUCCAAAGAACAUGGAUGAUUGUAUCAACCACUGGUGCUAUAAAAUCAUCACACUGGUGCUAUAAAACAUUAAAUAUUAGAGAUGCACAUAAAUGUUUUUGCAUACUGUACCAUAUUAAUCACAUGCUUUAUGUUUGUUGAUAUUUUACUGUAGUAUUUUACUUGUGGUGAAAUCAGUUGUCAUGUGAUCACCUAUCAAUGGUGGCCACUGAACACUGACAUCAGGCAAUACUAAUAAAUAUCUUUUUGUCAA